CUCCCAGCAUGCACCUGGCUCCGCUCUCCACCCCGCGGCUCCUGAGGAGAAAAGUGGCCCGGCGAGGCGAGCGAGCGGACGCGGCUCUGUAGGCCGGACCGGCAGCCUCGUCCUGCGGGUGGAGAGAUGGCGUUCGUGCUGCUGGCGCGCUGCGGCCGGGGCGCCUGCUCCGUCCCGAGGCGCCUGCGGUGGGAGCCCGAGGCCGGUCAUUUGGAAAACCGUGCUUGUUUUAGCUGUGCAUCCCUGAGGCUAAUAAAUCAUACGACUGUUCAUUUUAAAUAUUGCACUAGUGCCUCUCCUGUUUAUGUUUGCUUUGCAAAAGGGGAUUACAAUCGGACUGAAGGAUCAGGACAAAGGCACUUUACAGCUUUGAGAUCGUUUGACCUGUGGUCACCCACUGCUAACGGAGGUGUUUUGGGGCCAUGUUAUCUUCCAGUACGGCAGUGGCAUUCUUCACAACCCCGUUAUGAUGACUCCGUGGUAGAAAAGUCGCUUAAAUCUCUCAAGGAUAAAAAUAAGAAACUGGAAGAAGGGGGCCCAAUUUAUAGCCCAACAGUAGAAGAAAGCAUAGUUAAAAGAUCUAUAGGACAGAGAAUUGUUGAUGAACUGAAGCACUACUAUCAUGGCUUUCGAUUGUUGUGGAUUGAUACAAAAAUUGCUGCAAGGAUGCUCUGGAGAAUUCUUCAUGGCAGCACUUUAUCCCGCCGAGAACGGAGACAGUUCCUUCGGAUAUGUGCUGAUCUCUUUCGGUUGGUCCCUUUCCUAGUCUUUCUUGUUGUUCCUUUCAUGGAAUUCCUGCUUCCCGUAGCUGUAAAGCUGUUCCCCAAUAUGCUCCCUUCAACAUUUGAGACAAAGUCUAAGAAGGAAGAGAGAUUGAAGAAAGAGCUUAGAGUGAAGCUUGAACUGGCUAAAUUUCUUCAAGAUACCAUUGAAGAGAUCGCCUUAAAAAAUAAAGCAGCCAAAGGGAAUGUUACUAAAGACUUUUCCACCUUCUUUCAAAAGAUCCGUGAAACUGGUGAAAGACCAAGCAAUGAAGAAAUUUUACGAUUCUCUAAACUAUUUGAAGAUGAGCUAACCCUUGAUAAUCUCACAAGACCUCAGCUGGUUGCUCUCUGUAAACUGUUAGAACUUCAGUCAAUCGGGACAAAUAAUUUUCUACGUUUUCAGCUAAUAAUGAGGUUGAGAUCUAUAAAAGCAGAUGAUAAACUGAUCGCUGAGGAAAAUGUGGAUAGCCUGACGGUUAAAGAGCUACAAGCAGCAUGUCGUGCAAGAGGCAUGAGAGCACUUGGCGUAACAGAAGACCGUUUGAGGGAUCAGCUUAAGCAGUGGUUAGACUUACAUCUGAACCAGGAAAUCCCAACUUCACUGCUUAUUUUAUCCAGAGCUAUGUACCUUCCAGAUACUCUUUCACCAGCUGACCAGCUUAAAACGACCCUGCAAACACUACCUGAAAGUGUGGCCAAAGAAGCUCAAGUUAAAGCGGCAGAGGUGGAAGGAGAAAAGUUGGACAAUAAAGCCAGACUGGAGGCAACCCUUCAGGAGGAAGAAGCUAUUAGGAAAGAAAACCAAGAAAAAGAAUUGGAAAGGCUGUCAGAAGCUGCUGAGAAGGCCAAAGAGACUCUUCAGGUCGCUGAAAGGAAGGAGGUGGAUGCAAUAGAUCUUGAUACUUCAGCUGUGCAUAUAAAGGAGAGCAAGAUAGCUGUGGAUACCGAACAAGAACUGGCAAAGGUGGACUUGACCCUGCAUUCAGAGACUUUGAAAGAUACAGCACCCGUAUUGGAGGGCAUCAAGGGUGAAGAAAUAACCAAAGAAGAGAUUGACUUGUUAAGUGAUGCUUGUAGUAAACUGAAGGAACAAAAGAAAUCGCUAACAAAGGAAAAGGAGGAGCUUGAGGAGCUCAGAGAUGAUGUGCAGGAAUAUAGUGAGGAUUUGCAAGAGAUCAAGGAGUUGUCUAAGGAGGGAGAAGAAGAAAUAGUUGAAGAGUCUAAAGCAAGCAAGAGAUUGACUAAAAGAGUGAACCGAAUGAUUGGACAGAUUGACAAAAUUAUCACGGAGUUGGAGACAGAACAAAAAGUGGUGGAUGGACAGCUGGACAGUAGUGCUAGCCCUCCCAUUGGGUUGUGUUUCCCAUUUAGGGAGAAUAUCAUCAGUAUCAAUGAGCUUAUCAAUGUGAUGAAACAGAUUCAGAAGAUACCAGAAAGCAAACUAAACAGGCUUGCCCAAGCACUAGAUGAAAAUAAAGAUGGAAAGAUUGACAUAGAUGAUGUUUCCAAGGUGGUAGAACUCAUCGACAAAGAAGAUAUUGAUAUUUCUACUAACCAAGUUGCAGAGAUCAUGUCACUGUUGCAGAAAGAGGAAAAACUAGAAGAAAAAGAGAAAAUUAAAGAAAAGACUGAGAAGGAAGCUCUAGAAGUCAAGAAUUAAUGAGUUAGUCUUCAAUUUGAUUUCAAGGCUGAAUGAAGUGGAACAUCUUAUGUUACCUUGUCCAGCACCUCCUAUCUGUGAGAUGGUGAACAUUAUUGAUUAUAGGUUAAUCAGGAAAUAAUAAGAAGUUGGGUAGGCAGAAUGUAACUUUUCCCUGAUCAAACAUGGGCAAUUUAUCAUUCCAGGAAGAUGAGAGCAGUCUUGGUCUUUAAAUAAUGUAUUCCUCCUUGUGGAAUUUUGUGUACUCUUUGGUAUUCUGUAGUGAUUCAGUACAUUUUAUUGUCCCCAGAUCAUGAUACAAAUUAGGAAUUUCCUUGCAUUGUGCAAGGAAUUUAAAUUUUUUUGUUAAAUAAUAAUUACGUAUACUUGGCAUGCAGUUUGUCUUCUGUACUUGGCAAAGAGGUGAAAUUCUGUGCAGCAAAAUUAGCAGUAUAUAAACCAUCCGAAAAUAUCUUAUUAUUUUUUAAUGAAGCUUCAAAAGGGCUUAUGUAGCAAACACAUUAGUUCUGAGAGUGCUGUCGUUGUGUUGGCCUAGCGCACCCUCCAGACAGUUACACUUUUAGAACUUUAGAAAUUUUUAACAUGCUCAGAUGCUUUAAAAAAUAAACAAACACCACCCCACACUUUGCCAGCUUCUCAACACUAAAUAAUGUACAUGCAGAAAAUUAAAUAUAAGGGGGAUUGCAGCAAUAUCCCACUCAGUUCCUUGCUCUGCUUUAGUUUUUCCCAUACUUCUGCUACACUCUCUCUGGUCUCCCUCCCGUUGCAAUUUGUAAUAGGAAAUCCUAUCAGACUUCUGUCAUUUUUAAAAGCCACAGGGCAACCAGCAAUCUCAGCAGCUGCAUUUAUCCAGAUUCCCUACACACCCUCUUCCCUGUGGAUCUGAAGGCUACGUAAGGGACACAUAGGUAGAGAGAGGGGAGGGCCCUGAAAGCUUUUAUGCCUUGACUGAAGGCACUCACCCAAGCCACCCCUCACUCACUUCCUUAAAGAUGCCUUUAACCCUAGGAAUUAAAAGACUUCUUGAUGCAGCAAACUCCAUUUUUUUGAAUUAAAACGAGGAGGAAACCAGACUUUUAAAUAUUUAAACGUUUUGAAAAUGCAGCUCUGUAUGUGUGUCUUAUUUAUGUGUAAAGGAAGUGUCCAUUUUUGUUGAUUAUUUUGUGUUCAUUGGAAAUUGUGAAAGCCACAUCUCCUCUGUGCGUGGAACAUCAGCACAGAUCUGAAAUGACUGACCCAGUUAAUUAGGAACGAGGUACAAAAAUAACCUUUUCACUGCAUACUUCAGCUUUUCAUUUGACCUUUUUUGUUAUCACCUUGAGUCAUUUAGUAGUAGCAGUUAAUUGAGCUGGAUAUGAACACUGUUUUGGUAACUCAAGCUUUAAAAUAUUCACGUUGGCUUUUCUUUGUUUUCCAAUGAGGCUAAGGAUGCUCUGAAACCAAUUUCCCAGGAAGCAAUUCAUAAUGAAAUCAAUGACAUUUAGUUUGAGUAGCUGGCUUUUUGAGAGGGCUGCAUCUAAAGGAUGCCUUUCUGGAGAGGAAAGGAACCUGGAUGCAACUGAAAGGACUGCUAAGCUGUGGAUUCCUUGUUUAAUUGGAUUAAACAUUCUUUUUUGUAACCAGUAGUCCAAGGGAAAAAAAUAUUUGUCACCUUUCAUAAAUUGUAGUUGUGGUAUUUAUGGGUGGUAUCUAUUUUUGACUGUCUGCUGAUGGAAGAAGGUUAUCCAUAGAAAGGUGGGGAUGCAACUCCUGCAAAUCUGACCCAUUUCUCUGGAGGGAAUUUUCAGGGAAGGAGGGAGGGAGGUAGAAUUGAACUACUUGGCUUCCCUGUCUAGCCAACUAAUUUUCUUCCACCAGUGAAUGAACAACAUUGGCUAUCACCCUGUGGUUCCAGAACUUGAGAAAUAAGUUGCAUGAAAAAAGUGUUCAGUUUGGGGAUUUUUUUCUGUUUAGAUGUCAGGAUAUUCAAUAAUUUCGGUUCAUCAUCUGACAGCCCACCUAAGUCCAAAUUUAUUGCCAACGUCCUGUUUCUAUCUGUGUCCUUUCAAUUCCCAUUGAUUAGAGUUGACUUUAUACAGGUACCAAAGAUAUUCUGCAAGUGCUUGCUUUCACUUUUGGCAACUUCUCUGUUACAAUUCCUUUAAAUUUAAAUUGCAGGCAGUUUUCUGCCAGGACUGCUGAAGUAAUACUUUGCUGCCGUAAAAAUCUCGUUUUUUUGUGAAUGUCAAGCACAGCGCGGGGGAAAAAGCAUGUGGUGGAAUUUGGAUUUGAAAUGAUACACUUCUGUAGAAAGUUAAAAUUCUCACGUUCUGCAUGACGGACCAUGAUGUUUACUGAAUUGCUUUUAGCGGCAAUGUUCUUGGGGCAGAUUGGCAAAAGGGAUCAAAGGUGUGUGGUAUACAUGUGCAAUUUGGAUUAAAAGAUGAAUCAUGCAGUGGGUAGCAUAGUAGAUGGCUGAAUAUUUAUUAAAACAAUUGCACUUUAUGACCCAUGAAUUUGUUGUGCCAGCAAAAUUUGUUAAUAGGGCACUUGUAUAUUUGUAUCUCUGCAUUAUUGCAGAAGAUGUUGGAAUCGAAUGUCAGGCUGUAGAUUUAUAAUUUAGAAUGUGAGUGAGAUGUUAAAGCAGCCACACAAAAUUUGUUGCCUGCAUGCGUAAUAUCAGUAACUUCAGAUUGGGAAGGUGUCCACGGUGGACUUCCAUAUCUUGUUAGUAAAAGACAACAACAAUACCCAAUAGUGACAGUUUGGCUCCCCUGGUCUUGAUUUUGAAUGAGCUUCCAUCAGACUAGCUAAUUUGGGCUUGAUUGGGCUCGAAUGCAAACUUAAUUUGUUUGCACUCAGUUCUGUUCUGAGUGAAGAUGCUGUUGUGCUCCUUGUGAUACCAACCACUUGAAGGCCCUCCCCACUUUACCCAAAACCAGCCAACAAUGGAAACAAAAUGCAGUUGGUAGGAUCCAACUGUUAGACUGUGGAUGUGGCUGCAAGAACAGCCUGGAUACAAGCAUUUAUGGGAGGGAGGACCUAUAUCACACCUAAAUCGUUGCCCUCAAGGUGCUGGCACCACAGUGCCAAACAUCUAUUGGGAGUCUUGGACUGAGUCACAACCCUCCCUCUUGCAAUUAUGGGGAAGGGAGUAGCUGCAUCUGGAAGGGAUUGCAGCUGAGGCUGUGCAUUGCGAGGUCCACCUGAAGCUCAGAGGGUGUUCAGACUCCUCUUAGGAAAGGCGUGAGUGUUUCCCCACUGGGAAAUUUACUUCCAGGUCCCCCACUUUUAAGGUUCUGUGCCAUCCGUAAUGCCCAGUAAUUUCCUCUCUUUAAACGGGACUGGAGGAAAAUGAUCUGGCUUUAAAGCAUUGUGUACUAGUGGUGGACUGCUGUGCUAAAUUUCCGAGAAUUCUUAAGAGUUGCAAGUUUUAUUUAGAGCUGUACUUUUGAACAACAGGGGGGAAACCGUAGCCAGUACUUUGAGAUAUUCCUGGGAUGUUCUUUGCCAGUUGUUCUACUAUAUUUAGACUUAGGAUACCAGAAAGGGCAUUUGUAGCGCAAGGUGUUUUUGUACCUGUGAUUUGAUAUAGUAGUGUUUGUUUCUUAUGAGGUCUGAAAGGUAAAAGGCACAAGCUAUUUAUAAAAACAAAAUAAAUGCAAACCCCUUUCUCGUGGAAAAUUGUAACCCAGGAUUCUAAUUCAGGGCUGAUAAGUGGGAACUUUCAGGUUUCUGUAUGAGAUUGCUGUUCAUUGCACAGCAUCUAUGGGUUGCGUCCAACUCUGUUUUACUCAGAAUAGACCCACUGAAAUGAAUUACUUAAGUCAGUCCUAUGGGUUUCAGUGGGUCUUCUCUGAGCGUGACUAAUGUCGGGUACAAUCCCAUAUCUGGAAUAAUCAUGUGAACAUUUUUAGGUUCCAAAUAUAUUUUUCUACAGAAAUGAAUUUGCCGUGUGCUGCUCUUGGAUACAGUCAUACGUAGUGAUUGGUCCCGGUUGUUUGUAUUGCGCCAAUUGUUUGAGGGGAGAGACGAGUCUCAGGUUCACAAAACUGAUGAAAUUCGUUCCCUCUGAUGGUCUUGAUUGAUCAUCAUGUUAGGAGUUGGCAAAUAAUUAUCUUCUUCCCCUCUCCCACUUAAAUUAAUUUAGUGAUUAGAUGGAGUAGCUUAGUUUUCUUGAAUAGCCAGGAGUCCGUUUCCCCCCUGUAGUACACAUUGUGGUAUGAAAUGCCUAAGCUGUCUCAUGAGUGUAUGGUCCAGCUUUAGAUGAGACAAGACCAGAGGUGGUCAACUGGCAAUGCUUGGACAAGAUUAAGCCCCCAAAACCAAUUAGUCUGGUACCUAGCAUUUUAAUCAAGAGGAGGUAAAUAUUUUGUCCACAAUUUGCCCUUUAAGGAAUAAAAAGUUUAUUCAAAGUGGUGUUGGGUGGGGGAGAGAGAGAGAGAGAGAGAGAGAGAGGGAGAGUAGAUUACAUUUGAAUGUUGCUUCUUUCCUUGGGUGUCACGUAGUUCGUGCCAUUAAAAAAAAAUGUAAGCUCUGCCCUGGGAAUGCUUAUUAGAAGGCAGUUUAUGCUGCUUCAUUAUAAUUGUAUAUAAUACAAGUUCAUAAAGCUACCUUAUACCAGGUCAGACCAUUGAUUCUUCUAGGUUAGUGUUGCCUACACCAGGGCUAGUCAAUGUAGUGCCCUCGAUUUGUUUUGGUCUUCAUGUUGGCUACACCAGAUCUACUGGGCACCGUCCCAUCCUGAAAAAUGCACUUCGCACAUCGGACUGCCAUAAAUUAUCUUCUUAAAACCAGAGUUGUUUGCUAAAAUAAGUCAUAUUUGAGGGAAUACUGUAACACCCUUUCUUCAUGGAAGGUAGUUCUAUGAGCCGAUUCCUAUUUUACGUUUACCUAGCUUGGUAGAGCUCUUACGUCAAGUCACACGAACGUGUGCUUGUUCCUCUGACGUGCUUGAAAGCAGCAACUGGGAAAGGAUCGGACUUGCAUUUUCAAAUAUUAUAAAGAUACGUGCACUUAAUAUUGCACACGCCUCUCCCUUUUAAGAUUUGAUGGGAAGUGUACACAUUUGAGAACUUGUAGUCUGGUACAGAUAUCUAACUGUAGACACUGAACUGACCCAAACCAAAUACCAGUGAUCAGCUGUAGUCAUCCUUCACACUAUAGAAUGGUGAUCAACAUUUCUGCCUUUAGGGAACACUUUCCCAAACUGAUUUGGCAGUCAAGAACUGCCUUGGUCUGUCCUUGGGUUUGUACAUUUUCUCUCCUCUCUCUCUUUUCCUGUUGGCUUCUGCUGUAGUCUUGCAUGUACCAUCUGCCCAAGACGCACCUCAAAUGAAAAGGCCAAUAGCAGUGAGGAAGCCUUUUGGAGACGCUUCUCCACCAACAUUGAUCUUUAUAUUGAGGGAUCCAUGACAAGUUCCAGAGAAGUCCUAGAGUUCCCUGGGACCUGGUUUGAAGAUGACAUGAGAUGGGACUGAACGAAGGAACAGAUGCCACAGAAACAGCCGAUGUGUCUCUUUCCGCUUGUGCUUUUGAAAUUCCAGGGUUGGGAGUAAGAGGAGAGAACCAUCUUGCCACUUGAUUCAGUGAACGCGCACACACAAAAUUUGGCUUCAAGGGUCUUGAGGAGCUGAUUUCUCCUAGUUUUUCUAAAUUGUUUGCUGUUAAACUGAGAACAAGGGCCGCAGCGCAAACCGUCAGUCUUGCAUUUCAUAUCAGGAUGGCUUAGGCAAUGCCUAUGUAGAUGCUGGCUUGUACAUCAUCUCUGAGGGACCUUUGAUGGAUGAUCCAGUUUGGGGUCGUAAGGUUCCAGCUCUUAUUAUAUUGCAUAAUAUAUAUUUUCUUAAAAUCAUAGCUAUUGACAAGGGAUGCAAGUUUCAGCUGCUGCGACGUGUACAUAGAGGUCCUUGUGUGGUUAAAAAGGAAAUACUGGCCUUGCUUUGGGAAGUAUACUGCACUCCAUUGUGUGUGAUACUGACGCAGACACACACAACUUGCAAAAAUCCCCAAAAGACUUUAUUCUGAUGCAUGCAAAUCCAUAAGUAGAUGCCUGGGAAAGCAUAGUUUUCUCUAAAUAAUAGAUGCUCAUGUCCUGUUAAAAGAGUAUUCUGGAAAGCAAAGUAGCGUGGCAAAACAGGCUAGCAGGCAGGCACCAUUAGAGCUGGGAAGACCUGGAAAAAACCUGGGAAAAUUGGGGGAAAAGCCCAGGUUUUCCAACAGCUUUGAAAAAAAAGCCCCUUUUUCCAGUUUUUUCCCCAGGCCUUCCCAUUUCUAGGUACCACACUAGCAUAUAAGGAUUUCACAUUAAUCAUGAGAAUUGCCCUGUUGUUUUUUCUAGAAUGCAGAUAUACUGUCUCUGGAAAAGAGACUUGUGCCACCAUGAUGCAAGAUACAUGUGUAAUUAAAUCUAAAUGUGCAAUGCUAGUGAUGUUUUUGUGCUUUGAUGUGUAUAAAAGAACUUUUCUACCUUUUUACGGUUAAAUUAUUACACAAAGCCCAGACAUUAUGAAAUAAAAGUAUACUUAUUCCACCUUUAAAUGUUGGAUUAUUUAUUAACAAAAGAACAAAUCUGUCAAUACUUGUCGAUCACUGCAAACAGAAUACAUUGCUUGCUUCUUAAUGUGCAGCAAAAUAAAACUGGUUAAAGUUUU